AUGUACAUCGUCCUCUACUACAUAGUCACCCGGCUCCCUGACUCCCUUCGCUUAGUCAGGGACCACUUCCUCUCAGUUUGCCCCGCCACACUCACCGUUGACCUCCUCGUGGAGCGCCUCCUGGCAGCAGAGAAGAGCAUAGUCGCUGUAGGAGCCUCUCGUGGUGACCCUCGUACCCCCGUCUUUGAGGGGUGUUCCCCCUCCCCCCUCUUGCCCUCUGUUGUUUUUGCUGCUGCGGCCGACCUCGUUGGCUUGGAGUCGGUCGGCGCUGCGUCUGCCCCUAGUGGGAGACGCCGCAACGGAAAGGGCAAGGGAGGCAAGGGCGCUGGAGGGGCUGGUGGGGGCGGUGGAGGUGGCGGUGGAGGCAGUGGAGGGGGUGGGGGUGGUGGUGGGAGUGGAGGCGGAGGAGGCGGCGGCGGUGGCGGUGGGAGCGGAGGCGGCGGAGGUGGUGAAGGCGGCGGCGGCAGCGGUGGAGCUGGUCGCGGCUCUGCCAGAGGAGUGGCUCUGGUGGUGGUCCGCGCUAGCUGCAGCAGCGCACUCGUGAGACCCCGUCGCCCCAGCAGCUUUGUGAGUGGUACGCUGGACGUCAGCGGGGGUGAGGUUGCUAUCUUUGAUCUUGACUAUGAUGCUAUUCUUGCUGCCAUGUAUGCUGUGUCUACUAGUGAUGAGUGUGACUGUUACCUGUGUGUUCCACCUGACCCGGGAAUUGAGGCUGCUGCUCUAGGUGCUGGUGAGGCUGCUGCUCUAGGUGCUAAUGCGUCUGCUGCCCCAGGUGCUGGUGAGUCUGCUCUCUCGGGUACCACGUCGGCUCAGGUCUUCCACACCUUCACCCUUGACUCGGGUGCUUCCCGCUCUUUCUUUCGAGACCGCACCACACUUACGCCGCUUAGUCGGCCGGUUGCGGUCUCGCUGGCGGACCCCUCUGGGGGUCCUGUCGUUGCUCGCUUCUCCACUGUCUUACCGUGUCUAGCAGCCCCCUCUGGCACCCUCUUAGGUCUCUACCUCCCCUCGUUCUCUACGAGCUUGGUGAGUAGUGCUGACCUACAGGAUGGGGGGGUUGACCAGUUCACUCCUGCGAGUCAGCGGUUGAUCCACUGCACGUGUGCUCGGACGGGCCGUGUGAGGAUCUAG